CCACCGCAACAUGUCCUCGACCCUCGACCGGUACCGCGUGGAGAUCGGGACUCUUCACCUCGAGCUCUCGACGCUCGCCCGCAAACGCGCCCUGCUCGCCGCAAAACUCGCCCAGCUCCAAAGCGACCGCGCAGUCCUCUUGACAUCGUCAGAUCUCCCAAGCGCAGAGCAGGCUACGCUCCCGGACACGUAUAUCCAGCAAGACCGACCGCGCGGACGUGAUCUGCUUGCGCAUAUAUCGGCGAAACAUGGACAGCAGCAGGAGAUCCAUCUCAAGAAUCUGUACCGGCUCACUGGCGUCACUGCGUUUUCGGUGCAGGAUCCUGUUGCGAAGGAGGAGUUGCUUGGGAUACGUAUCGAGUGCUUUGCGUUGAAGAGUUUCGGAGCACCGCACUACAUCAUCCUCUCGCACAACGAAAAGACCGGAACUUACCAAAUAUACCAGCACACAGUCCCAUUGCAUAUCCCACUAGGCACUCUUGCCAGCAAGUAUCUCAACAAGAACCUCAACCUAUUCGUCCGCGCAGUCCGCCGACAUAUCAUCUGGGACCUAAACAAGCGCACGCACUUGUCCUGUCUUUCCCGCGUGGUCGAUAUCGAAGCCGACGAGGCGUGCGAGCUGAUCAAGCUGAGGUUCGAGUUUCCCGACACCGGCGAGCGGUUCGUGUACCUUCGCUGCGACGAUACACAUGUGAAGAGCGCGUAUGCUACGAGGGUCGUUGCGCGUGAGAAUAUUGAGGAGAAUGAGGAGGAGGAGGAAGAAGAGGAGGAGGAAGUUGUGCGGGAUCGGGAGCUUGAGAAGUUGAUGAUUGGCCGGAUUGAUCGAUUGAGGAACAGACUUGCGGCUAUCAAAUGAUUAUUAUAUAGGUAUUUAGGUGUUAAUGGCGUGUGAUUGGAGAUUAAACAGAUGAUUUUUGUACCGGUAAUUUG